UGUGAUUCGACCGCAGUGUCUGUGAAAGACAGUUUUUUUGCCAGUCGUCCGAUUACGUCGUCUGCGUUUUGUACGCGUGUUCGGUAAAUAUUGAACGUUGAAAAUGUCCAAAACCAUAUCAGGAAACGGUGAAAUGGACGGCAGCAACCUGGUGGUCGGCGUAGUGGGAAGUAAUUGUGUUGUUAUUGCUGCGGAAAAGUGUAACUCGAGUCAAAACUCUGUUUGUUCGCUGGAUGGUCAAAUCACCGUCGCCUGGUCAGGACAAUCGCAUGAUUCAUUGAAGAUUGUUGAAAAAGCCAAAUUAUACACAAACAGUAUACACGGGCUGAAUUCUCCAGCCAACCGCAUCGCUGAGUUUUUAAUUGAUCCCGAUAUCAGAGUACUCAACAAUCUACCGACGCUGCCUUACACCGAACAUUUUAUGGUGGCGUCUUGCGAUCAAAAUGAACGGUUUUUGUACGUUACUGAUACUUACGGCACAAUAUCACAUGUUCUCGCUUGCGCCAUAGGAAGAGAGAGCGAGCUGAUAACAAAUUUAUUGGCUCAGAACUAUUCGUCUGCUAAUAGAGGAAUUUUCGGAGCAAUAGAGCUGGCUUUGAAGGCACUUUGCAUGAUCGUCGAACCGGAUACUAAAUUUAUUGAGAUUUCAGUGACAGCAUUUAACAGGCCAUUCGAAACACCAUCCAGCGGUUCUAAAGCUUUUUACGACACUGUAACAGACCUAUAA